AUGUGUGCUAAUGUGUGGAGCCGUCAUCCUGUAAACACUCAGUACCAACUGCAUGUUGGUAGCGCAGUUUGUAUCACCGGCAACUGGCAAGCCAGCUUAGGAGCGCAGCAGGAUAGGGAACUGCUCGCUAAUUCAUGUCAAGUUCUUGCUGACGACAUAGAACCAAACCUUCAGCCGAGGUAUUCUUCCUUAUCCCCAGACCAGCUUCGAAAAAAGGUGCAUCUUCGAUCACGUUCUUCCGCUUUUUCCGCUUUGCUUCGGCUGCGGUCAAAAUUAUUCCUGAAAACACAUGAGUACUUCAUCGUGAGUCAAUUUUUUUUCAAUAUUUUUUUAAAGGCCGCUUUUCUAAAUCGUGGAUACGUACACAUUGAUACUCCCGUGGUCACUGCGAAUGACUGUGAGGGAGCUGGGGAAACGUUUUCUAUAGCUAAGGACCCUUCAAAAGAAGAUUUUUUCAACAAGAAGGAUGCAUUCCUAUCUGUCAGUGGUCAGUUACAUCUAGAGGCUAUGGUAAGCGGGAUCUCUCAAGUAUACACACUCAGCACUGGAUGUAGAGCUGACAAGCAACAAAGCAGAAAUCAUCUGACGGAAUUCAGGAUGCUGGAAGCAGAAAUCGCAUUCCUUGAAGAUCUUAACAAGCUAAUGGAAAUUCCUGAGAACUUUUUACGCUACUGUGUUUUCAAUUUGCUUAGCGAUCCAGAGAUGAUGGACGAUUUUGAAGCACUUGGGCAGUUUUCAUCAAAGGAGCACUUCUCCGUCUUGGAAUCCAUUGUAAACGCUCCACCUUUUCCCAGAUUAUCCUACGCUGAUGCCCUAGAAUUGCUAGCUGUCAAGAAUCAAAAAAAUCGUGGGUACCUACACAUUGAUACUCCCGUAGUCACUGCGAAUGACUGUGAGGGAGCUGGGGAAACCUUUUCUAUAGCUGAGGACCCUUCAAAAGAAGAUUUUUUCAACAAGAAGGAUGCAUACCUAUCUGUCAGUGGUCAGUUACAUCUAGAGGCUAUGGUAAGCGGGAUCUCUCAAGUAUACACACUAAGCACUGGAUGUAGAGCUGACAAGCAACAAAGCAGAAAUCAUCUAACGGAAUUCAGGAUGCUGGAAGCAGAAAUCGCAUUUCUUGAAGAUCUUAACAAGCUAAUGGAAAUUCCUGAGAACUUUUUACGCUACUGUGUUUUCAAUUUGCUAAGUGAUCCAGAAAUGAUGGACGAUUUUGAAGCACUUGGGCAGUUUUCAUCAAAGGAGCACUUCUCCGUCUUGGAAUCCAUUGUAAACGCUCCGCCUUUUCCCAGAUUAUCUUACGCUGAUGCCCUAGAAUUGCUAGCUGUCAAAAAUCAAAAAGUUACCGGAAGGGGAUUGAGUAAGCUGAACGAGGCAUUUUUGGUGAUUAACACUAAUUAUAAGGCCGAUAAGGAAACAGUAGACUACUACAAGUCACCUGUUUUUGUUACACACUUUCCGUCUGAGCAAAAACCCUUCUACAUGAUGCGAUCGUCGGAUGGGAAACUGACUGAGUCCUUUGAUUUUCUUUGUCCUGGUGUAUGUGAGCUUGCUGGCGGAUCGAUUCGUGAACCUUGCGCAGAA